CUACCACUUACCACCCCGACAAUGAGCGACGACGAGCAGACCAAGCUGCUGGAGUGUGCCGGUCCCCCGUCCGCGUCUCCCGGGAAGAAACCCCCGCGGAUGCCCAAGUGCUCCCGGUGCAGGAACCACGGCUACGUGUCGCCGCUGAAGGGACACAAGCGCUUCUGCAACUGGAGAGACUGCCAGUGCCAGAAAUGCAAACUGAUCGCGGAGCGGCAGAGAGUUAUGGCGGCCCAGGUGGCUCUGCGACGGCAGCAGGCUCAAGAGGAGGAGAUGGGGCUCUGUAGCCCAGCCACGCUGUCCAGUCAGGAGGUUGUUGUGAAGAAUGAGCCCACUGGAGACUGUCUGUCCUCGGUGUCUGGAGGACGAUCACCUACCUGUGGAAACACCUCAGCUGGUACCUCACCUUCUAAUGCAGGUAGUCGUUCUGGCCUGGCGUCCAGCCCCACAGCGUUCAGUAGGGGGCAGUCUACUGACGGAACAGCUGACCUCCUGGUGGACACCUCCUACUACAACUUCUACCAGCCGUCACGCUACCCUACAGCCUACUACAGUAACCUGUACAACUACCAACAAUACCAGAUGCCGAACGGCGAGAGUCGUCUAUCCAGCCACAACGUGUCUCCUCAGUACCGGAUGCAUUCCUACUAUUCCUCUGCCUCCUACCUCAGCCAGGGGCUAGGCCAGGGGUUGGGCCAGGGUCUGGGCCAGGUGCUGGGCCAGGGGUUGGGCCAGGGUCUGGGCCAUGGAUUGGGUCAGGGGCUGGGGACCACGGCAGCCUGUGUUCCCCCCAUCUUCUCUCUGGAGGACAACACCUGCCAUGACACCAAGCAGACCUCCUUCUCCCCAGUCAGUGGAGGCGCUAACGGCCAUGACGGUCUAUCCUGUCUGUCCAUCAGCUCCCUGGUCAACAGCUCUGAGGGGAAGACUGAGUGUGACGGACAAGACCAGGGACAGGGCUUUACUGUCGACUCCAUCAUAGAGGGAAACCACAAGUAACCAGAGAGAGGAAGAGAAAAAACAUCUAAAAUCACACUCUUUUUGAAAUCUAUUUGUUGAAAUAAAGGUUUUGUUUCUG